GGCGCGGGAGGGCCGGCGCUGACGUGUCUGUCCCCGCGUCCCGGUGGCAGCGCGCUGGCUUGGCGCCGACUGGCGGGGCGUCCUGCGGGCGGACGGGCGCGGUCCUUCGAGACCGCCGGCGAGCUCGGCACGGAGAAGGUUGUCCGCCGGCACGGGAGGGGCCUCCCCAGACCCUCGGUGCGGCGCGGUUCCCUCGGCCGGGGCCCCUGCGGGAGGGAGCGGCCGCCGGGAGUCCCCAGACGGACGGCGGAGCCGCGAAAAGCCCCGGGUCCAGCCCUGCGGCCGUUUGUUUUUCCCGUCGCCUGCACUAGGCCGAGCCCUGCGGCGUGGGCGGGGGCUGUCCCGCUUAGCGCCUCUCGUGCCACCGGACCCACUUCUCUCCUUGUGUCUCCAGGUGUCAUCGGGCUGGUGGCUUUGUACCUGGCGUUCGGUUAUGGAGCCUCUCUCCUCUGCAACUUGAUAGGAUUUGGCUACCCGGCCUAUGUCUCAAUUAAAGCCAUAGAGAGUCCCAACAAAGAAGAUGAUACCCAGUGGCUGACCUAUUGGGUAGUGUAUGGCGUGUUCAGCAUUGCUGAAUUCUUCUCCGACCUCUUCCUGUCAUGGGUCCCCUUCUACUACAUGCUGAAGUGCGGCUUCCUGUUGUGGUGCAUGGCCCCGAGCCCUUCUAACGGGGCCGAACUACUCUACAAACGCGUCAUCCAGCCUGUCUUCCUGAAGCAUGAGUCCCAGGUGGACACUAUGGUCAGUGACUUGAAGGACAAAGCCAAAGAGACUGUAGAUACCAUCACUAAAGAAGCCAAGAAAGCAGCAGUGAAUUUACUCGGUGAGGAAAAGAAGAGCACCUAACCCGCUGACUGGGUGAACCCUUUCUGCCCUUGCUGUCCCUUCCUGCUAGCGCUUAGUGUUAUAUUAGGGACUGUGGUAUAAUCAUUUUAAUAAUGUUGCCUUGGAAACAUUUUUGAUAUAUUAAAAAAAGGAAUGUGUUGUAUGGUUUUUUGUUUUUUUUUUGUUUUUUUUUGCUUUUAUUGUCUAUAUACAUAGCACCUAAAUUUAAUGCAAUGAGCAGUGUCCAAAUUUUUGGAAAAUAUAUUUUGCCUCUGGGUAGGAAAAGAGAUGACCAUCCUGCAGGAAACACAGACUUGAAAUUAUAUAUCCCACAGGCUUUGUACUUCAACAGGCUCUGUCUGCACUCAUUUUCUCUGUACUGAACAUUUAGGACAGUCUGUAAGGUUGUACUUCCUGUAACGUGCAAUUUUGUAUUAAAUGUUUUCAUGUACUUGUGCAUACAUAUAUGUAGGGAAAUGUUACUGACUGUGACGUGUAUAAUGCUCAUAGGAAGCACCUGCCAAGAGCUAAAGUUUUCGGUGUGCUGGUGUGAUCUGUUAAAUAAUGCUUCAGAAAAUUAAUGCAAAUGACUGAUAUUUCCAGUGACUAGUUAAGUGAUCAAUGAGGUUGAAUGGGGACUGGCCUGGUUGUUCUAACACUGAGCAGCUGAAUGUCAGAAUAGCUGUGUAAAGCAGUCACUUAGUGAUAAAUGGGGAAAGGUAUCCUCACACCAGUAAUACACAGCUCCCAACUCCCUUAGAUCUAGUAAUACUGUCUUGUGGCCUUUCAAAAAAUCUGUUUAUACGCUUUAGAUUAUUUGUCUGCUUUUAAUAUGCUAUAAUGGAAACCAUCCCUGGUUUCUCCUUCAGAGGUGAGUAGCAUGUUGGUUUAGUCUUGUUUUUUAUCUAUUUUUUUUUUAAACCAGCUUAAGGGAUCUCUGCACUUGACCACCUUUGGUUACAUGUAUGUUCUUAUUUGUAUCAUUAGCAGUUGCAUGUGAAUGAUGACACCAGGCUCUAAGACCAGUUCUGGGAGAAUGAAGGAUGAUAUAACCUGUCAUCUAGUUGGCAGUGAAGUCAAACUGCCUUCACCUUCUUUGGCGUUUAAGGUCAAAUGCAAGAGGCCUCCCCAGUUUACAAGUCAGAAUCAUUUGUGGCCCAUUUAAAUGCGUUCAUCUUUAUACUUUGUUUUGAUAAACUGCAGAUAACUACAUAGUUUAAGUACAGAACAGAAAGUUAAAAUUAAGGUUUCCAGCUUGAUCAGCCAGCUUAUUAGGCACCUCGACCUUGUCUGGACGAGAAAACCCGAGCUUCACACCAACCAUAUUGCUAGGAUCCUUCUGAAUUGGAUUACACUGACUAAAACAAAACUGUGUGUGACAAAACUAGCAAGUUUAGAUAUCCAGCCCAUAAAAUACCCUUUAAAGCAAAAAGAGAGGAUUAGUUCUCUUUUGGAUAACAGGUAAGACCAUAAUGAAAUCUCUUGAUGUGAAAAAUAUAAAAGAUCAAAAAUUAGGGACACUGUCACCUGAUUAUAAUAUAGAUUAGGGUAUUUAUUUUUUCCUGGCAAAACUGUGGUAAUUAUAAGGCAUCUUAUUAAAUUUACCUUAAAGAAAAGAAAAACUUUUAGAAAACAAGCAAUUAAUGGUUAUUGGGAGAAAAUCAGGCCUUAGAUUUAAAGAGGAAAAAAAAGUACCUUUAGGAGUAUUUAAAUCCCUUUCCCCAUAAUAAAUUACACUUUCCUUGGUGGGAGAAGAAUGAAAAUUAGCACUUUCUAUCAUACAGAAUAUAUAAUCAGAUUGUUGAUGUACUGAAAACAUAACUUUCGGUAUACAAUGUAUUUACCUGGCAAGAUGGGGAAACAUAAAUGUUACUAUUGCUCAUAACUAUUUACAGGCUGACACCAGUUUAAAAACUACUAUAGUAAGAAAAUAUAUUCUGAAUGCAAGUUUUUUUUGUCCUUUUAGCUUUUUUUCUAUAGUGCAUUCUGUAAGAAAUUUAAGUACUAUUUUUGGCAGUCAAGGUGUACAUAUUAAUGACAGGAGAAGUUAGUGAAUGAGUUGAGCAAUUCUCAGUUUAGAUUUCCCAAAGAACAUACUGCCAUGGCUAGAGUAUUUGGAAAACUAAUUGAGCCCGUGUCUAGUUAGAAGACACGCAUUUAUUUGUGUAUGAAUGGUGUUUGAGGGGUAAGCAAAGUCAAAGACUCUCCACAGUUCUUGCCCUACUCGAAAGCUUUCAGACCAACAGUUACUGCUACUCUGGGGGAGAGGCUUCUAUCCACCGCCCGAAGAGAAGGAGCAUAGCUUUUAAAUAGGUUACUGCCCAUCCUGAAGAUGUGAUAUAUUAAAUGGAAAUGGAUGUAAAUAAAAUCUGUUAUCUCAUUAAA